AUGGACUCCCUCACAAUCCUCUUCUACACCCUCACCAUCCUAGGCACAGGCACAGCAACCUACCUCCUCAGCACGGGUCGUCCCCACCCACAGCCUCCUCGAGCGAAGCUGCACGGCGCGGGAAACUGCAAAUACAUCCUCGACAACUCGCACUCGCGCACCUUCAAGCUGCCUGACGGGCGCACGCUCGGCUACGCAGAGUACGGCGACCCCAACGGCAAGGCGAUUCUGUACCAGCACGGUAUCCCUGGGAGCCGGAUCGAAGCGACGAGGUAUCACGAGCUAGGGCUGGAAUUGGGGAUUCGCGUCAUCUCCAUCGAUCGGCCUGGGUAUGGAUGGAGCACGAGAUUCCCACGCUAUCGAGACCGUACGGUGAAGAGCUGGGGAGAAGAUGUAGAGGCGUUAGUCGAGCAUCUGGAGCUAGAAGAGUAUGCGAUUCUGGGCGUAUCCGGCGGCGGCCCCUACGCUCUCUCCUGCGCCCUCCACCUCCCUCGCACACGCCUCAAAGCCCUAAGCCUCAUCUGCGGCAUCGGGCCCCCGGGUAUCUCAAUGCGCAACGCCGCCUGGCCCACGUACAUCGGCUUCACAAUCGGGUGGCGCUGGAGUCCGCAGUUCCUGCUGCGCUGGUUCUUCUCGCGCGACGCCGCCCUCUCACUUCAUCUCAGCGACGACGAUCGGGUACGAGCGCUUCUCGAUCCCCGCCGUUUGGAGGGCACGCAGGGCAAGGACCGCGCGUUCUUUGCUGAUGAGGAUGAGAUGCGCGUUUAUGUUGCUACGAGCCGGGAGGGGUUCGGGCAGGGAUUCGAUGGUAUGUGUAAAGAUGGGUUUGUCAUGUGUACGGAUUGGGGGUUUCGGGUUGAGGAUAUUGGGAAAGAUGUCCCAGUUGUCAUGUGGUAUGGGACCGAGGACGUUAACGUGCCACCACAUCACGGGCGCACGAUUGCGGCGAGAUUGGCUGGCGAAGGCGAGGUGGUUAGCGAGGUUACUGACAACGGCCCGCUGCAGUGGAGCGAGAGGGUUAGGUUGAGGAUGCUGGACGAUACGCAUGCGAGUAUUAGUAUGAGAGACAAGAGGGGGUACUUGGUGGAUAUCCUCGAAGCGUGGGGGCAGUGA